AUGGGUAGUACAAUCGGCCAGCCGGGAUGGUACGCCUACUUCAGCUUGCCAGCUGAGGGUGAACCAGGAUAUGCGACUAUAACUACCCCCGCAAUCUCGACUGCAAAUGGUGUUUUCAGCGCUGGUGGUGCUGUUGGUACACUCUUUAUAAUGUGGUCGUGUGAUUUCUUUGGCCGAAGGGCGAGCAUCCAGUUCGGUGCCUUCUUUUCACUGUUCGGAGGAGCGCUUCAGGCCGGCUCUAAUUCACUAGCCAUGUUCCAGGCUGGCCGCUUUAUUUGCGGUCUUGGAAUCGGCAUCCUUGUAACUGUGUGCCCUAUGUAUCUUUCCGAGAUGUCGAGUGCUCUACGUCGCGGCUGGCUUGUCGGGCACCACGCCAUUUUCCUGGUCUUUGGAUAUAUGCUUGCAGGAUGGGUAGGUUAUGCUUGUUACUAUGCAACAGGUCCUCUUCCUGAGUUUGGUUGGAGAUUUCCUCUCGCCUUGCAAUGUCUACCUGCGUUGGUGUUGCUUAUGGGAUCUCCCUGGCUCCCGCGCUCUCCUCGCUGGUUGAUAUCGAAGGGCAAGCUUGAUGAGGCGCAGCGUGUUCUUGAGAGGCUCCGCGAAUCACCAGACGACCCGAACAACUUAGCUGCGAAGGAGGAGUUCUUCCAGACAAAAGAACAAAUUCAACUCGAGGCUGAGAGAUUGGCUACUUCCGGCAACGUGUGGAAGGCUGUCUUUACAAGGAAGACAUACCGGAAGCGAAUGGCUAUCGGUUUCCUUACCCAGUGGGGUGCUGAAUUUGGCGGGCCUUUGAUCAUCAACAAUUAUGCUGUUCUUCUGUACAAAAACUUGGGCAUGGAGGGCGGUGUCAUCUACAAUCCUCUAGGCGCCUGGCUCCAUGACAAAGUCAAUUCCCGGCGGGGCAUGUACAUGAUUGGCUUUAUUGGUAUUAUCAUCUCUACAUCUUGUCUGGCUGCUAUGACCGCCCAGUAUGCCGGUACAACUAACAAGGUCGGAAAUGGAUUCGGUAUCUUCUUCAUGUACCUCUACCUGGCCUUCCAGGGUACUUUCUGUGACACCACCAUGUACCUCUAUGUUUCGGAGAUCUUCCCGACCGAAAUCCGUCCAAUUGGCAUGGGCUUUUCUCUCUUUGGUCAAUUUGCUGCCACUCUGAUCCUCCUGCAAACUGCCCCCAUGGGCUUUGGCAGCGUUGGCUGGAAGUAUUAUCUUGUCAUUAUUUGUUGGUCUGCGUUCUUCAUUCCGGUCAUCUACUUCUUCUUCCCCGAGACUGCUGGUCUCACCCUCGAGGAAAUCGCCCAAAACUUUGGUGAGGAGGUUGCUGUUAACCUCACCGGCGCCACGGACGAGGAAAAAGCUCGGCUCGACCACCAGCUAGCCACGGGUGAGAACAUUCAAUCACCUAUAAGCUUGAGGCUCGAAAAGGAAGCCAAGUCUUUGUCAACAAACGAGGCUGGGAAGAACGUGCCGAAAGCAUAG